AUGACGGCUUCGCACAGUGACUCUUUGGUGGUGUUGUUUGGGGCAACAGCUGGUGCAUAUGGGGCUAAACUGGGUUCGGAUGAGAGGGAACUAAUUCUCUUGGUGUGGCAAGUUGUGGAUCUACACAGCAAGAAGGUAGGGACAUUACACAAAUCCCUGGUGAAAGCAGACAACUUGGACUUAAGUGACCAGUGUCGUGAAGUGAGUGGCUUGACACCAGAGGGAUUGGGCAAAGCUGAACCACUGGACCGGGUUCUUCAGCAGUUUAGUCAGCUGGUAUCCAGUGAUCUCAAAGUACUUGGAAGGAGCUCUUACACACUCUGCAGUGAUGGCCAGUUACUCAUUCGACAAGUCCUCCACCCAGAAACAUCUAAGAAGAACUUUCUGCUGUCGGACUGUUUCUAUUCCUUUUAUGAUCUGCGCAAAGAAUUUCACACUUGCUACCCUAGUUCAGCCGCCGUGAAAGAUCAGACUAUCAAGACCAUGGCAGAAUAUCUAGGCUUAGGGACAGAUGAAACAGAAGAGGACUUUGGCGUGUGGCAAGUGAAAACCAUGGUGGCUAUCAUUUUCAGCAUGCUCUCUGAAGGUUGUAAUCAUGUAUUUACUGAGCCUGAAACUGUGAAAUACAAGUAUGAAACAGGUCCUUGUAGCAAAUCUGAAACAGUAGACAGUGAGACAGUAAUACGUGCCAGAGGUUUGCCAUGGCAGUCUUCAGACCAAGAUAUUGCUCGAUUUUUCAAAGGACUCAACAUUGCCAAAGGUGGUGUGGCUCUUUGUCUAAAUGCUCAAGGAAGAAGAAAUGGGGAGGCAUUGGUUCGGUUUGUCAAUUCUGAACAGAGAGACCUUGCACUGGAAAGACAUAAGCAUCACAUGGGUAGCAGAUACAUUGAGGUUUACAAAGCAACUGGGGAAGAAUUUUUAAAAAUUGCAGGAGGCACUUCCAAUGAAGUGGCUCAGUUCUUGUCUAAGGAGAAUCAAGUUAUCAUCCGGAUGAGAGGCCUUCCAUUCACUGCUACUCAGGAGGACGUCUUGGGGUUCCUGGGGCCAGAGUGCCCAGUAACAGGAGGGAAAGAGGGACUUCUCUUUGUCAAGUACCCAGAUGGCAGGCCCACAGGAGAUGCAUUUGUGUUAUUUUCCUGUGAAGAAUAUGCACAGAAUGCACUUAAAAAGCACAAAGAAAUACUUGGAAAACGCUACAUUGAACUCUUCAGGAGCACAGCAGCAGAAGUCCAACAGGUGCUUAAUAGAUACAUGUCCACACCUCUUAUUCCCACUCUUCCAACUCCCAUCAUUCCUGUCAUACCCCCACCAUACACCAUUGCCACGGGUAGCAUACGUGACUGUGUUCGGCUCCGAGGCCUUCCUUACACUGCAGGCAUUGAUGACAUCCUGGAAUUUAUGGGAGACGCCACAGCUGAUAUCAAGCCCCAUGGAGUUCACAUGGUCCUUAAUCAACAGGGACGACCAUCAGGUGAUGCUUUUAUUCAAAUGAAAUCUGCUGAUAAAGCCUUUAUGGUGGCUCAAAAAUGUCACAAAAAAAUGAUGAAGGACCGUUAUGUGGAAGUAUUCCAGUGUUCAGGAGAGGAGAUGAACUUUGUUUUAAUGGGUGGCACUUUAAAUCGUAGUGGCUUAUCCCCACCGCCAUGUAAGUUACCAUGUCUUUCUCCACCAGCUUAUGCUGCUUUCCAAACAGCAGCUGUGAUACCAGCAGAGGCAGCGCUUUACCAGCCCCAAGCCCUCUUGCCAACCACCAGGACUCCCCAGGCCUCCACAGCUGCUCCUCCAGCAGUUACCUACUACCCAGCUCAGGCUGCUCAGCUUUAUAUGAAUUACACAGCUUACUAUCCCAGUCCUCCAGUAUCCCCUACCACAGUGGGGUACAUUGCAGCUCCUCCAGGAGCUGUAGCUGCUGCUGCCACUGCCACCCACACUCCGCUUCUGCCUCAGCCUGGAGCGUUAGUCCGUAUGCAGGGCUUGCCAUAUAACACAGGAAUGAAGGAGAUACUCAGUUUUUUCCAGGGGUACCAGCUCCAUGCAGAUUCCAUCCUUGUGUUUUACAACUUUAGUGGGCAGCCCAGUGGAGAGGCCUUGGUGACUUUUCCAAGCCUGGACCUAGCUAAGAAAGCAGUGGCUGAGAAAAAUGGACAGCUCCUGGGAAACCACUGUGUAGAAUUGUAUCUGGUGUAA